AUGGCCAGUCUGAGCGUUCGAACCAAACCGCCAAAAUCUGGCUUCGCCAUUGGCAGAACCUACAUCAGGAACUUCAUAUCAUUCUGUCAAUAUAAACAGACCCAUCAUCAAAAUGUCUUUUUAUACCACUUUUUCUUUUCUUUUUUGACUGGCAUCUCAGCCGCGCCUAUACCAACCCUCGUCCUCGGAAAGCUGUUCCAACUGGCCCAGGAAGCGGGGGAGGUUCUUACCCCCUUAGCUCUGAACAUCCUAUGGCUGGUAGUAGUCUUCACCUUGGUCUUUGAGACCAUCAAGCUUUUCUUCUGGCUUAUGCGGCGCCUGAUCAUGUGCGCACUACCAGUUAAGAAGGAGGAGGAGGAGGAGGACGGCACUCCAACGACUUGA